AGGUGGUCGACAUGUUCUCGGAUCACCCCGACGCCUACGUCGAGUUCCUCGGCGCGCGGUACCGCGGCAAGGCGGGCAUCAAGCGCCUCUACAAGGGUCGCUUCCAGGCGACCUUCGUCAACGGCCGCAACGGACCCGUGUACGGCUGGCUGCUGGACCACAUCAUGAUGCAGGACAUCGUCGACGUCGACGCGACGGGCACGCACGCCUGGUGCCGCAUGCGCGCGCUCAUGCAGGCCGGCACCCACCAGAGCAUCGAGGAGUACUACCCGGGCGGGCACCGCCAGUGGUGGGAGGGCGGCCUGUACGAGAACGAGUACAUCAAGGAGAACGGCGUGUGGAAGCUGUUCCGGUACCGCUACUUCCCCUUCUGGCACGCCAACUUCGAGAGCGGCUGGAGCCACACCAAGAAGAACUACGUGCCCUGGCCGACCGUCACCUACCCGGAGGACCCGCUGGGCCCGGACGAGAUCUUCGAGCAGAAGAUGCUGUGGCCCGACACCCGCGUCGUGCCCUUCCACUAUCCCCACCCGGUCACCGGCAAGCCGACGGCGCCCGAUGCGCUGCGCGCCCCGGUGUACGGCGCCGAUGUCAGCACGAGCGACCCGCCGCUCACCCUCGCCCUGCCCGAGGGCCAGAGCCGGCCGGGUGCCAGCUCGCGCGAGUCCAAGCCCGGGGACAAGGUGCUCCCGGAGCUGGUUCAGAACAAGGCGGAGUAGCGUGGGGUGCCAGUUUGAGGGGUUCAAAGGGCGGCAGGCUGAGGAGGCAUGGGCCAACUUGCAGUCUCUUUGAUGCCAUUGGAAUUAUCACAGAAUAGGGUGAAUUGGCGUUUGAAAACCGCAAACCUGCGCAACUAGAUACUCUAUGCUUCGCCAGGCGAGUGUCAGCGUGCUCCUUCUUGCCAAGGCCUUCAC